UCACAUUCCAGGGACUUGCUGAAACCUCCUUCCAAAACCUCCAACAUGGAGACUCUGCCUCCAUUCCCCUUAAAAAGUUCUUCUCCCAAAGCUAAAGUCUUUAUCGUUUUCUUUUCUAUGGUCUUCUGCACAGCCAUUCUCUGCGUCGCCCAGCUGAAGUUUUUUAAGCCAAAAGUAAAAGAUUUUUACUCUUACGAAGUGAAGGAUGCCACGGGGAGAACCGUUUCUUUGGGGAAAUACAGAGGAAAAGCGUCUCUUGUUGUAAACGUGGCUAGCUCCUGCCAGUCCACAGAGGCAAACUACAGAGCUCUGCAGGAAUUACACAGAGAGUUUGGCCCGUCCCAUUUCAACGUCCUGGCCUUCCCCUGCAAUCAGUUCGGAGAUUCAGAACCCGGCCAAAAUCAGGAAAUUGUAACGUUCGCUAAAGGGAACCACGGAGUCACCUUCCCCAUAUUCAGCAAGAUCAAGAUUCUAGGUUCUGAAGCGGAGCCCGCGUUCAGAUUUCUUGUUGAUUCAACAAAAAAAGAGCCGAGGUGGAACUUUUGGAAGUACCUGGUUAACCCACAAGGCCAAGUAGUUAAGUUCUGGAGACGCGACGAACCCUUCGACAGCAUCAGACAAGAAGUGGCAGCUAUAGUGCGAGAAAUCAUUUUAAAGAAGAAAGAAGAUCUAUGAACCGACCUGCAUCCACAUCGGGAGGAGCGUUUACUGUCCGAGAUGCUGUUCGUCUCGAGAAGAGGGUUCUUUAUCCGUGUUGUACUUUUUGUUUUUUAAAGAAUACCCAAUUCUAUAGAACCCUGGCUUACAGAUUUCUGUUCUGACCUGAGAAGGCACGUCCAUCGGACCAACUUCAACUCAAGUGACACGACCAACGAUAGCCAACAAACUCUACGGAAAGAACGUCUGGAAAGGGGACAUGAAUGGAUUUUCCAAUAAAAAGUUUUUUUCCAAAUUGAUUGAUUUAUGGUUAAUAUGUUGCUUUAAAGGAUCUCGGAUGAGCUGUUGGCUUCUAUGAAUUUUAGUUACAUAGGGAUGGGUAUGAAUUUAGGCAUCGUUCGUAAGCGGGGGGGGUUAACAUGUAUUCCCUUUUAUCUGUGUGAUUAGAAGACGGGUGUCAUUGCCCCUAAAGAGCGGGUGAAGCAAUGGCGGACGGGCUCCUGGUGAGUGCCCCGUUAUAAGGAAAUUCGGAGCAGCAGAUCGUAUGCUCCAUUACACAUUCCCAGACAGAUAUAUAUAUAAUGUAUUUAAAGUAAAGUGUGCUUUUUUGUUUUCCGAUUGGCUCAUCUCAGGAUUCAAACGUUAAUGGACUGCAGGUUUGCUGUUUGUUUUGUGCAAUAAAAAGAAUCCCUUCUUGUUGUCUA